AUGAUCUACCUUCUAAUCUUUCUUGUGAUUCAAAAUAUUCAUGCAAAUCAAGUGAUCCAAGUUGGUCUAUUUUUCGUCAAAGAUGUUGUAGAUCUGCAAAUCGCCAUGGGCUAUCGAACAACAGCCGGUGCAGUUUUAUAUGCAAAAGAUCGGAUAACCAAUGAUCACAUUCUAGAUGGCUAUGACUUAAAGUACCUGAAAAAGUUCGAGGUAUUUUUUUAAUUUCUGUAAUUAUUUGCAGCUUCACCUACGUUUUCGAUGAAUGUGUAGAAAAUGUGGCCGCUGGCAAAGCUGUGGAAAUGAUUGAAGAUUCGAACAUCGAUGUGAUUUUUGGACCAACUUGUAAUCGAGGAGCCAUGGGAGUUGCAGCAAUUGCUGCCUAUAAUAAUAUUCCGUUGUAUCUUUGGGGGUUGACGACUUCGAAUGAGUUGGUGGAUCGUGAUCGUUUCCCGACUACGAUGUCGUUUGCGAUGAAAUCGUAUCGGUAAGGGGAGGAAAAUCAAGCGGACUAUUAAAAUUAAUUUGAAAAUUCUAGAAUCUUAAAACCUUGAUGUCAUCAUAUUUUUCCAGCCUAGCUCAAUCAAUCUACACAAUAAUGAAACGUUUUUCCUGGACAGAAUUCGUGUUUGUCUACUCAAAUGACGGUGAUGAGGAGAAAUGUGACUCGCUGAAAAAAGACGUGCAAACCUAUUUAUCCCUCAACUCCGAUGUCACCAUCUCAUUCCUCUAUCAAAUUCAAACGCUGACGAUGGACAACAUCAGAAGUGCUAUAAAAAUUAUCAAGGAGAGAGGGAGAAGUGAGUCAGAGAAAAAACAACCCAAUCGAGAUUUGUUUUCUAGUUAUCGUAACUUGUGUUGCCAGUGGAAAUGGUCAGAAGAAGGCUUUCAUGAAAGCGGCGUAUUUGGAAAACGCGGUGGGCACAGAAUAUGUCUAUAUUAUGGCCGAGACAAAUUCAAAGGGAUUCAGUGAGCAUUCAGAAGCAAAAAAAUAAACAAAAUUCUAAUAAAUUUGCAGGAGUCGAUGAUUUUGCCGGUGAUUGGCAUUAUAUUUACGUGGGUUCUAAAGGGAUUGCGACGAAUUGGACAGAUGAAGAAGCUCGAGAUGCGUUUCAGAACGUUCUGUUUAUUGUAGACAACGCUGGGCAGAAUGGCGAAGUUACAAAUCAAUACAAGAACUUUAGUCAAGAGACAAUUCGACGAAUUGCGGAUGCGCCAUUCAAUUGCACUGACGAUUGUCAGAGUCGUAACUUCAGCGAAGUCUCGAGUUAUGCUGGACAACUAGCUGAUGCGAUUUACGGCUACGCGAUUGCUCUCAAUCGAUCCCUAGCCAAAGAUCCAGGAGCAAUCAAAAACGGCACGGCGAUAAUCAGCGAAAUGUCGAUGACGUUUCAAGGUGUUGGAAGUGGUGAUGUCUUGAUUGCUGAGGAUCUGUCACGUGUUGGAAUCAUUUACCUGCAAGGAAUGAAUUCAAGCAAACUCCCGCAGAAUUUUGCAAAACUAGUGGUAGAUCAAGAAGUCCAGUAUAUUCCCAAUUAUGAUGAUGAGCAAGAAAUUUGGGGUGACAGAUCGAGACCGCUCACGAAACCGAUUUGUGGGUUUUCAGGCACUGAGGUCAGAAGCUUCUGAGUUCAUUUAAAAAAUAUAAUUUUUCAGUGUCCGGCUAAUUUUCUACGCGACUACCUGCUCUACACGAUACUUGUUGCACUAAUAAUCCUCCUUGCGAUAAGCGCCGCCUGUUUCGGAAUAAUCUACACAAUCUACAUGAAACGUGAAGAGAUCGCAAAGCUGGAUUCAAUGUGGCAUGUGAACUUCCACGAUCUCUCGAACAUCCCAACUGGUUUGAAUAGUCAACGAUCUUUCGUCAGCGGACCAUCAAUCAAUUCACACAGUCGUAAUGAAUCCAGCCGAUGUAAAAUCUUCAUCUACAAAGCUGAACGUGUGGCCGCAAUGCGACACGAUCUACACAUCCAACUGAAUUCUGAUGAAAGAGCAAUUCUUCGUCGCUGUCUGAGCAUCGAUCAUGAAAAUAUAAACAAAUUCCUGGGGCUCAGCCUGAAUUCCCCGCAACUAUUCUCAAUUUGGAGGUGUUGCUCGCGAGGAAGUCUGUCUGAUGUUAUUGAAAAAAGUUCAGUGCAAAUGGACAGUUUUUUCAUGUUCUCACUGGUUCGAGAUAUAGCUUAUGUGAGUUUUUUUUUUCAAAAUUUUUUUUUAAAUCUGGUUUUUUUCCAGGGCCUCGCUUAUAUUCAUAACUCAUUCCUGAACCACCACGGAUUUCUAACCUCCAAAUGUUGUUUAAUCGAUGAUCGAUGGCAGGUAAAAAUCUCGGACUAUGCAAUCCCUUUUCUCAAAUUCCACGAUAAAAUCGAACCGAAAAAUCUUCUAUGGGUAGCUCCGGAGUUCCUCCGCAAUCCCAUCAACCAAAAGACUAAGGAGGGUGAUAUCUAUAGUUUUGGUAUUAUUUCCUCCGAGGUCUACACCAAAACAACACCACCUUUUGAUUUUGAGAAUAACAAAGGGCGACUAGACGAGCUAAUUUUCAAAAUCAAAAAAGGUGGAUUUCGCCCAAGUUUGGAGGUUGACGCAAGCUUGGAACUUCGUCCAACAAUGCUGAGCUUGGUGAAAGAUUGUUGGGCAGAAAAACCAUCGGAAAGACCAAAUAUUGAUCAAAUCAAGUCAACACUUCGCAGCAUAAAUGAGAACAAAAAAGAGAAUCUGAUGGAUCACGUAUUCAACAUGCUUGAAACCUACGCUUCUACACUAGAAGAUGAGGUUUCCGAAAGAACUAAGGAACUGGUUGAGGAGAAAAAGAAGUCAGAUAUUUUGCUAUACCGUAUGCUACCAAAACAAGUCGCCGAUAAGCUGAAAAUUGGUCAAAGUGUGGAGCCCGAAACCUUUGAGCAGGUCACAAUUUUCUUUUCGGAUGUGGUGAAAUUCACCAAUCUUGCGGCACGAUGCACACCCUUUCAAGUGGUGACACUUCUCAAUGAGUUGUACACGGUGUUUGAUGGGAUUAUUGAGCAACACGAUGUGUAUAAGGUAGGCUUGGCUUGUGGAUUUUUGUAUAGAAGAGAGACUUCAGGUGGAAACCAUUGGCGAUGGGUAUCUUUGCGCAUCUGGGCUUCCGCAUCGUAACGGUGACGCGCAUAUAAUCCACAUUGCACGAAUGGCCUUCGGUUUCCUCGAUGCUCUUCAAAUCUUCGGCAUCCCUCACCUUCCGGAUGAACGCAUCAAUCUGCGGAUUGGUAUACAUUGCGGUAGCGUGGUUACAGGGGUAGUUGGUCUAACUAUGCCCAGAUACUGUUUAUUUGGAGAUACUGUGAAUACGGCAAGCAGAAUGGAGAGUAAUGGAAAAGCUGGGCAGAUUCAUAUAUCUUCGGAGGCCAAUCGGAUGCUGGAAAUUGUUGGUGGCUUUGAAACGGAAUCUCGGGGAGAAGUUAUCAUCAAAGGAAAGGGAGUCUUGGAGACUUUUUGGUUGAAGCGAGAGAAUUCAGAAGCACCGAAAGGUAUCUAUAAAAGUUAUAUCAAUGAUGUUUAG